AUGCCGUCGUGUGCGUUCCCGUCGUGUAAUUAUAACGCUCGAAUGAAUAAAGAAAACUUAACCAAAAUCUCCUUACAUUGUUUUCCUAAAGAUGUUAAAAGGAGAAAGGCCUGGAUACAGUUCGUAAAUAAAGAGAACUGGGAACCAAGCAAAGGAAGCAGAUUAUGUACAAAACAUUUUGCUGAGAGGGAUGUAGAUCGGACUUCCUUAGCUUAUCCUAUUCGUUUGCGAGAAAAUGCAAUCCCUACAAUUGGUGAAUCUCAGGUGCUACAAAUGCAGGAGAAUGCAAAAGUAAGACCGAUUCUGGAAUAUGCUGGUGGAACGUGGUAUCUUGAUUUGAUUCGAGACAAAACUUUGUUGGAAAGCGUUCAAAGAAAAUCCACUUGAAUUUCAUUGGAACUGAGAAGACCCCCCUAUGCAGAGAGACUUAAGUAUGACCAACCUAACUUCUUUUGAACUUUACCGACAACGUGGAGACUUAAUUAUCACAUUUAAAAGAUUAAAAUUCAAUUUCGGAAAUCUCAACCAAAUGUUUACCAUAAAUCAAGAUGAAUGCCUCAGAGGUUACCAGUUUAAACUUAAAAAAGAGAACUUCUCUACAAGAUCAAGACAGAACUUUCCACUAAAUAGAUUUUUCGAGAGCUGGAAUAACCUUAGUGAUAACAUUGUCUCGGCCUCUUCUACCAACACGUUUAAAAGUAAAGUGGACCAUUUUCUAUAACAGUCGAAAUAUUGUUUUUUAUUUCAACCGAAUUUUAUUUUUUUUUGGUUUUUUUUUUUAUUAUCUACUAGUAAGUUACUUAUAGUCCGUCCGCUAUAACUUUUUCCAUGCGUUACGAUUCAUUUUCAAUCAAGUUAAGUCAAAACAGAAAGUGAAACGUACGCCGAUGUGUGUAGUAUAUAUAGUAUACGGUAUACAAAAUGUAUAUACACAUCGACGUUCGUUUCAAUUUAUGUUUUGACUUAAUUUGAUUGAAAAUGAAUCGUACCGCAUGGGAAAACUUAUAACGGACGGACUAUAUAUAAUUUCAUUGUUUGUGUGCAUAAUAGGGACUUGCCCCUCCGUCCUUGCUUAUGAAUAAUAAUAAAAAAGAACAUGUACUUUGUACGCAACUAACAAGUUAUACUUCUGUUAUUCUGAUUUCAACGAAAUAAAUAUACUUUAAACAGUU